UAUUCCCAUUUGCCAGAGUUUGCUUCUAUCGAAUUCUGGAGAUAUAUAUAGAUACCUAUAUCCCCAAAUCCAAAUAGAUUGCUUGUAUAGAAUUCUAGAGAUAUACCUAUAUAGGUACAUAAACCCAAUAAUUAUAUUCAGCAUUGAGAGAUUUCUGGACGUUAGUUGCAGAAGAGGUAGGAGGAGAAUGGAUGAGAUUGGGGAGGUAGAAACCCCUUCAUACUUUGUGUGCUUAAUAUCCAUGCAAAUCAUGCGGGAUCCUGUAACUGUGUGCACGGGCGUUACCUACGACAGGGAGAGCAUAGAGAAGUGGUUAUUUACAAUGGGGAACAACACUUGCCCCGCAACAAUGCGAGUCCUUGAUAAUCGAGACCUCACACCCAACCAUACCCUGCGUCGCCUCAUUCAACACUGGUCCGCCGCCAACUCCUCUGCGGGCGUCCCAUUCACCGCCACACCCGAUCCGCCCCUGGAUGUCAAUCACCUCAACGAAUUGCUCCGUGACAUAAGGUCCUGCCCGGUGCCUACAUUUUCGGUCAAGGCAUUGAAAGAGCUGAGAUCUCUGGCCAAGAAAAGUGAGACCAACAGACGGUGUGUCGCUUUGUCUGAAGCACCGGCUGCCUUGAUCUCUGUCCUGGAAACCCAAUCUGCAGAAGCGGAUGAAACUGGUUGCGGCUACGAUGAUGCGGUGGCUUGCGAAGAAGCCUUGGGGAUUCUUCAUUCUCUAAUUCCUUUGCCAGACGAGACGGUUGAGUUGCUCGCCAGUGCGAAGUGCCUGGCUUCCAUGGCCUCCAUUCUCAAGAGGGGUACUUCCAAUGCCCGAUUUCAUGCCGCCGUGGUUUCACAGACGGUGUCCAGGAAAUGCGUGGAACGGUUUGUUUUGAACGCCAACGAUGAUUUAAUUGAAGGGUUGCUGGAGGUUUUGACUGAGGAGGUGUGUGAGCAGGCUACUGUGGCCGCCCUUAGGGUGUUAACUACCAUGACCUUGAAUAGCAGGAGUAGCAGAAUCAAAGCCAUCGAGGCGGGCGCUGUCUCUGCCUUGAUCGAAUUGCUUCCUGACCAGACUGCGGAGAAAAAGAACAGGUGCGAGAGGAUGUUAUGUCUUCUCGAUGUGUUGUGUGGAUGUGCAGAAGGAAGGGCUGCCAUGGCUGACCACGCCAUGGGUAUCCCUGUGGUCUCUAAGAAAAUAAUGAGAGUUUCGGAAUUGGCUAGUGAGAAAGCCGUUCGAAUCCUUUGGUCCCUUUGCCAAUUUUCUCCCUCGGAGCAUGUUUUGAAUGUGAUGUUGCAAGUUGGGGCUGUUGCAAAGCUGUGCAUGGUCUUGCAAAUCGACUGCACGGCCAAGACUAAGAGCAAGGCAAUGGAGAUGCUCAAACUCCAUGGUAAAAGCUGGAGGAACUCGCCUUGCGCUCCCUCCAGGAUCUUUUGAUGAAAUCAAAGCAGUUUCAGAAUAUUAAAUAUAGAGAAUUGUAAAUAGAACAAGAUGGUCUGAAGACAUGGAAUCAAAGCAGUUUCAGAAUAUUAAAAACCAUCAUGUCUCAUUUCAAGGAGAGCUCAUAGUUGUUUUUUAAUGCUAUUUUGUGGGGGUAAUUUUGGAUCUGAUUUCCUCCAUAGAACAGAAUAGAUGUAACGGUUUUAUAUAGAAAGCAAUUUAGGUUUUCAGGCUUGUGUCCAAUGGAUUCACAUGCCACUUUUUUGUUUAUAAAUAUGUUACUCACUUAGAAACUUUCAACAUUUUCUAAGCGGAUAUCUUUAUACUGUAGUUAUUGCA